GCCUUGGCCAUGCCUCCCCUCCCUGUCCCCUUAUUCCUGACUCUCCUACAAAUUGCAGCACUUACUUAUGUGAGUGCUGCGGCAUACUAUGGACACAAGCAACACCCUCAGCCAUACCAGCCAAUGCAGCACAUCCAACAUAUGGGCGUAGGCAAAGAAGGUUUUCCCCAACAGCAGUACCUUGGCAAAGAGGUGCCUUAUAUGCAGUAUCCCCACUACAGGAAGGAGCUACCACAGGUGCCCAUGCACAAGGGCAAAGAAAAUCCUCGGAAAGGGGGCGGCUAUAAAGGAGGCCAAGACAAAGGUCAAACAAUCCCUGCUGGUGCUGAAGGAAUUCCCCAAGGAGAGCAAGGCCCAUCUGGGCCACCCGGCCCAGAAGGACCUGCAGGACCUCCUGGACCUCCAGGGAAUGGACAGCCUGGACCUGCGGGACAACCGGGACCUCCUGGUCCACCAGGAGGGCCUGGAGUUGGAAAACCAGGUUUGCCAGGACUGCCAGGCAAGCCAGGGGGAAAUGGUGAAGUUGGACCACAAGGAGAAAUGGGCCCGAGGGGAGAAGAAGGGCCAGCUGGGCAGCCAGGGCCUCAGGGUCCACCCGGACCACCUGGGCUACCAGGAAUAGGUAAACCAGGGGUACAGGGAUUACCAGGCCAACCAGGGCCCAAAGGAGAGCCAGGUCAUAAAGGUCUCCCAGGACUACCAGGAUUACCAGGACCUAAAGGUGACAAAGGAAUGGGUCAGCCCGGACAACCUGGCCAUAAAGGCUUUCCAGGGCCCCCAGGACCUGCUGGCCCAAGAGGGCUGCCAGGUUUUGGGAAACCAGGCUUGAAUGGGGCACCAGGGCCACAAGGACCCCCAGGAGAGAAAGGGCAACCUGGUGAACAAGGACCAGCUGGGCUACCUGGUGAAGGAGGACUGCCUGGUCCACCAGGUGUACCUGGUCAAGGUAAGCCUGGUCAAAAUGGCCUGCCAGGACAGCCAGGUGUGCCAGGUGUGAAAGGUCAUCCAGGACCACCAGGUUUGCCAGGAAAGCCAGGACUUCCUGGAUUUGGUAAGCCAGGACUCCCAGGACCAAAGGGGGAUAAAGGUAUGGGUGGGCCACCUGGAAUUCCAGGACCAAAAGGAGAUAAGGGCCAUGGAGGGCUACCUGGCAUGCUUGGACCCCCUGGACCAAAUGGUCCACCUGGUCCUUCAGGCCCUAUGGGACCCCCAGGAGGUUUAGGUGCACCUGGUCCUAAAGGAGACUGUGGAGAAGGAGGACCUAAAGGGGUAGAUGGAGCCCAAGGUGAACCUGGUGCUCCCGGGAUACCUGGUAAGGAUGGUCUUCCUGGAGAGAAUGGAGAGCCAGGACCAAGAGGUUCACCAGGGCCAGGUGGUGCCAAAGGAGAUGGUGGUCAUAAAGGUCUACCUGGAAUCCCUGGUCCUCAAGGACUACCCGGGCCAAAAGGCCAAGGUGGAUUGCCUGGGGAAGUGGGACCUCAAGGUCCAAAAGGAAUCCCUGGAAUGGAUGGCACAGCAGGACCGAUCGGGCCUCCUGGUCUUCCAGGGCCAAAAGGAGAUAGCGGUGUACCUGGUCAAGCAGGCAUUGCAGGUGAGGGGAUGCCAGGUUUACCUGGUCCCAUAGGGCCCCCAGGGAAAGAAGGCUCAUCAGGACCCCCUGGACAAACAGGUCAACCUGGCCCUCCUGGACCACCAGGCCCACCUGGACCGUCUGGGCUGUCUCCCGACAUGGCUGGAGUUCUCUCUCAGAUGGGCCCUGGACUAGAUGGUGUUAAGGCUGGUGGUUAUGGAAAGAAGGGCAAGUAUGGAGGCAACGGGGCAGAAGUGAUGGGUCCCAGUGGGUUGGAAAUGCCAGCGUUCACAGCUGUAGUAACAACUCCCUUCCCACCGGUGGGCACGCCAGUCAUCUUUGACAAGCUCUUGUACAACGGUCGCCAAAGCUACAACCCCGAGACGGGAAUCUUCACCUGUGACAUGCCUGGCAUUUAUUACUUUGCCUACCAUGUUCAUUGCAAAGGAGCUAAUGUGUGGGUGGCUUUGAUGAGGAACAAUGAGCCAGUGAUGUAUACGUAUGAUGAAUACAAAAAGGGUUUCCUAGAUCAAGCAUCAGGGAGUGCCGUACUACCUCUACAACCUGGGGACACUGUGUAUGUUCAGCUGCCCUCAGAUCAGGCCGCAGGACUUUAUGCUGGACAAUAUGUGCACUCCUCCUUUUCUGGGUAUUUGUUAUAUCCAAUGUAA